UUUGGAAUUGAUGAAGAAUUGAUAAUCCCAAGACAAUCUUGUAUUGGGAGUUGACUGUAGUUUUUAAUAUGUCAUCGAAAAUGACAUUUUGCGUGUUUUAGAACUCAUACCGAAGCAACUAUUGUGUGAGCGGCACCAUGGAGGAUGAAGUAAUCGAUGACUACCGGAUCCUAUGGUUAUGCGAAAUAUCCAAAGCGCUCUUCGAAAGCAUUGAUGACCAGCCGAAUGACGGCUCCGGCGCGGCUCCGACAAUCAAAUCUGAUUUGUCCGUUUCAGCAGACGGAAACACGGUUGACCUCUUCGAGCGCCCCAGUCAUGAGGAGAUGUUUGAAGCAAUGUUGGUUCGGGAUGAGGGUGCCGUGCGUCGGGCCUUGGACUGCUUUUUGGAUCGGCCCAUAUCGUCACAGCCCGGCCACUCGAUCAUGCUCUACAAGGAGAUCGAACAUCGAGAAGAAACACUGGAGGUGCAGCUUGAGCCCCAAGACGAGCCUGGAGCUACGGCCGGGGACCAGCAGACCGAGACUGUGGGAAAGACCGCCUCGGCCGUCACCGCCAAGUCCCGGUCCGCUCUGCCAGAGGAGCCGGCCACAGCCGUGGAAAUUGCCGAGCGCAUGUCCGUUUCGUCGGCGGCUUCUCAGGGUUCGUCGGCAGACAAGCAGAAGACGCCGUCUGAAAUGGACUCCAAUCAGCAGUCACCCACUCCUCCCCGCACGAAAUGCAUUGUGAAACGGAUCACAAGACCGUCGAUAAAAAUGGCGACGAAAAUAUCUCCCGAAGUUCUUCCUGAAGGCGCGUCUGGGGCAGUGGUGUUCAGUCGGCGCACGCCGAACAACGUGCCCGAGCCGCACGACGCCGAGACGAUGCGCAGCGCCAUGCCGCAGCACUUUGAGUUCUGCACCAUGGACAAGCUGGCGCUGGACGAUCUGGACGCCACGCUGGCGCAGCGGUUCCUGCCAGUGCUGCAGACUCGGGAGGGCAGUGACUCCGAUACCUCCGUGCCGACGGUCCCGGAGGCAGCAGCCGGCGCCGGCGGCGACUCGGCCCCGGGCGCCGUCGGAGCGCGGCCCAUCACGGCCACACCAGUGACUCGACGCACCUCAAUACGGCUCCAGCUCAGAGACGAGUUCAUCAUCAACCUGCAUAAGAUCAUCUCCGGAGUGAAAAGGACGCGUGAGCAGCUGAGCACGCGGUUUUUCCUGGAGCUGCCGGAGCUGCCGCUGCUGGAGGCGAGCUCGGACGACCAGCAGCAGCUGUCGGCACUGGCCGAGGACCGCCAGCUGCUGGCCGUCAUCGAGGAGACGCUGGCCACCUGGCAGCAGGACAUGGCCAGAAACCUGGACGGCAUGAUCAACAGGAAGCCGUCCUCGAACGGGUGUAUGGCCGAGCUGGACCUGUGGAGGGAGAAGUACUCGGAGCUCUCCUCGCUCGUGGAACAGUUCAAGCUGCCCACAGUGAUGAAAAUGGUGCGUCUUCUGGAGAUGGUGGACUCUAGCGUCAUUCAGGGGUUCCACAUGCAGGUGGACGACGUGCACCGCUGCUACCGCGAGGCCUACGACAACGUCCGCUUCCUGGCCACGCUGGAGAGACACUUCAGGACGGUGCGCAGCCACCCGUCGCUGUCGGUGGUGGCCGACGCGCUGCCCCAGGUGAUGGACAGCCUGCGCAUGGUGUGGAUCCUCUCGCGCCACUACAACCGCGACCACCGGAUGGCGCCGCUGAUGGAGCGGCUCGCCUGGGAGCUGGUCACCCGCGUCCGCAGCGCCAUCUCCAUCAAAUCACUCUUCAGACAGCCGCCGCGCAAGGUGCAGGAGCUGGCCGCGUCGGCGGUGCGCCUGCUGAGCCGCUGGCGCGAGUCGUACCUGGCCACGCGCGCCGAGAUCGAGACGUCCGGCCGCGGCGCGCGCUGGGAGUUCGACCGGCGCCGUCUUUUCGACGACACGGACCACAUGGCCAUCAUCUGCAAGGACCUCCAGCAUGUCGCCGUCGUGUUGGAGGAGUUCAACAACAUCUUGUGCCCGGACCUGCGGGCGGUGACCUCCGAUCCCCACCGUAUGGACGAUGUCAAACAGCGCGUCAAGAACCUGGUGGUGCCGUUCGAGGCAGUGGCGUUCGACAUAUUCAGUACCAGGCUGCAUCACAUGUGGCAGGGAGUGAUGGACCGGUUCGGUACCGAGGUGCUGCGAAUCGAGUCAGAGGCCAAGAAAUUCCUUGACGAAAGCUUCAGAGCUCUCAGGUCCUCGGAGGCGGCGUUCGACGUGGUGCGGAAGUUUGAGCACGUCAAGUCGCGUCAGUCGAUCAACAACGAGCUGCGUCGCAAGUACAGCGACAUCCUGAACCAGUACAAACGGGAGGUGGACGAGGUGGCCAAAAUGUUCGACGAGAACAAGGACGACCCUCCGCUGCACAAGAACCACCCGGCCGUCUCGGGGGCCAUCCACUGGGAGCGCCUGCUCUUCCUCAAAAUCAAACGCAACAUCGUCAAGUUUCUCAAGUGCCCCGCCAUGAUGGACACCGAAAUGGGACAGGCGGCGAAGGCGCACUACCUGACGGUGGGCCGCCGUAUGAAGGCCUACGAGGACCAGUUGUACGCCUCCUGGCGCGAGCGUAUCGACCACAUGCUGCCGCAGCUGCUCCGCAAAACGGUGCUGGCUGAGACCGGACGGUCGCCCUGCAAGAGUGCGCUGCGCGGCGCCACGCCGUCGUCUCGCACGUCUCCGUUCUCUGUUAACGUGCCGUAUGAGCUGCUGGAGAUAAUCGCCGACUCGAAGCACCUGGAGGUGCUGGGCUUCCACCUGCCCGAGCUGGCGCGCAACGUGGCGCUCCAGGAGGACCGCUACCGGCGACACAGCGUCAACCUGGCGGCCAUGAUCGACAGGUUCAACGGCGUGCUCGGCUGCAUGACAGACCCCGAGAUGGAGCUACUGAAGGAGGACGUCCGCUCCGUGGAGCGGAUCCUGCGCCCGGCCACGAAGCGGAUCAACUGGAGCGCGCUGAGCGUCGGUGACUUCUGCACCAAGUGUAACAGCGCCAUCGGCGUGUUCGAGUCGCUGGUACACCAGGUGCAAAAGAACGCGAGAGACAUGGAGCGACAGAUCUCCAGUCUAAGCAACAUGGAUCUGUUCACCGGACCGACAACGACAGAGCUUCUUCCUUGCAAGGAGUUCUUCAGCUGCGUGGAGCUGCGGCGGGCUCACGACAUUGAGCGGCUGGCCAGAAAGUACCAGAGUAUCGGGCCGCAGCUGAUCAAGGUCGAGGGGCUGGUGGUACACACCAACACGGGCCGAAACCCGCGGCUCUACAAGUACUACUCGCACUGGGAGCGGCAGUGCUUCGUCGCCUGCACCAAUCUGAUCCUGCUGAACCUGCGUCAGUUCCUGACCCGGCUGAACCGGGACACGCCGCUGUUCCUAGUGAACAUGCUGCUGGCCACGCCGGACGUGGUCGUCAGCCCGCUCACCAACGACAUCUACAAGAUGAUCAUGAACUCGGUCCGAGACUGCAUCGAAUCGACGAAGCACUUUGUGCGGUGGCAGCGCGGCUCGUGCCUGGAGUGUCCGCCGAUCAAGAUGGGCGACAAUUCGAACGACGCAUUCGUCUACAGCUUCUUCCAGGACAUCAGCUGCGACCCGCGGGUGAUUGAUCUGGUGCUGGAGAUCCAGAACACGGUGCAAAACCUGCUGGCCCGCGUCCAGAAGAGCAUCCAGCUCUGGCGCCGCUACCGCAACCUGUGGAAGUACGACAAGCAGCAGACGUGCGAGAAAUUCGUGUCUCGCCAGCCGUCGCUGGUGGCCUGGGACGACAAGUUCCUCUUCUACAAACACAUCUUGGAGGACGUCAACACCACCGCCGCCCAGAUGGACGCCCAGAGCAUACGACUGCGCGUGGAUGACCUGACCUCGGCUGUGAAGGGUCACAUCCAGGGCUGGAUAGACGUUCUGGGCGAACUGCUGCACGCUAUUGCCAAAGAGGACUUGAACAACCUCUGCGAACUGUUUGAGGACAAGCACUACGACCUGAGCCGUGCGCCGGCCACCCAGGAGGACAUCAAGUUCCUGCUGGCCACCAUCGCCGACGUGCAGGCCAUGUCGCUGGACGUGGAGCUCAAGAUGGUGCAGAUCAAGGAGCAGUACCGCAUGCUCAGCGUCCACGGCGUGCCGGUUCCGGAGGCCGAGGUGGAGACUCACACGGGCAUCAACCGUCUCUGGGACGAACUGCUGCUCAGGGCAAAGGUCACCAACGCCAGACUGGGGCCGGUCAAACAGAGGUUUACGGUUAUCACGCAGGGUGAGGUGUCUGAUUUCCACGUUCAGAUAGCCGAGUUCCGCGCCCGGUACGACUCAGAGGGGCCCGGCACCGUCGGGGACCAGUUCGACCUCGGCGAACAAAAGAUGAAGAGUUACGAGGAGGAGCUGGAGACGCUGGUGGAGCGACAGCAGGAGCUGGUCCAGUCGGAGCGGCUCUUUGACCUGGACAUCACCGCCUACCCGGAGCUCAACACCAUACAAAAGGACAUGGCCGGCAUGCGGCUCAUCUACGACAUCUACCUGGCCCAAAAGGAGGCCCGAGAGAAGUUGGCCCAGACACUGUGGGCGAACCUAAACGCCCAGGCGCUGACGGACGACAUCGAUACCUACAUCAGGCAGUUCAAGAAGCUGCCCAAGGACGUGCGGCAGCUGACCGUCGGCAAGAACCUGGAGGAGAACAUGAAGCAGUUCAAGGCGUCCGUGCCGCUGUUCGUCGACCUGAAGAACGAGGCCAUCCGCGACCGGCACUGGCGCGAGCUCAUGAAGAAGACUGGCAAGGAGUUCGAGAUGGACCCGGAGACGUUCACGCUGGCGAACCUGUUUGCCAUGGAGCUGAGCAACUACAGCGACGUCAUCUCCGACAUCGUCGGCGGCGCCAUCAAGGAGCUCGGCAUCGAGACCGGCGUCAAAGACGUCGCAGAGCAAUGGGACGCGAUGCGUUUCACCGUGCUGCCGUACACCAAGGACGGCGAGGAGCGCGGCUUCGUGCUGACCGCCGUGGACGAGGUGCUGCUGGCGCUCGACGACAGCACCAUGAACCUGCAGAGCAUGAGCGGAUCGCGGUUCGUGGGACCGUUCCUGCCCCAGAUCCAGACCUGGGAGAAGACGCUGUCGGUGAUCGCCGAGGUACUGGAGAUCUGGCUGGUAGUGCAGAGGAAGUGGAUCUACCUGGAGGCCAUCUACCUGUCUCCCGACAUCCGAUCGCAGCUGCCCGAGGAGUCGCGCAAGUUUGACGCCAUCAACAGCACCUACAGGAAGAUUAUGAACGAGGCCCACCGAGUGCCGAUCAUCAAGACGGCCUGCCUGGUGCCGAACCGCCUGCUGGACCUGGAGACGGUCUCCCAGGGACUGGAGAAGUGCCAGAAGUCACUCUCCGACUACCUGGACGCCAAGCGGAACGCCUUCCCUCGCUUCUUCUUCAUCUCAGACGACGAGCUGCUGUCGAUCCUGGGCAACAGCGACCCGCAGUGCAUUCAGGAGCACAUCAUCAAGAUGUUCGACAAUAUCCUGUCCUUGCGGAUGGUGAAGAACGCCGAUGACGACCUGGUGGUGUCGGCCAUGCACUCCGCAGAGGCUGAGGUCAUGGAGUUCAGAGAGGCACAGGUGGUGGAUGGUCGCGUGGAGGAUUGGAUGAACGCUGUGAUGGCCGAAAUGUGGAGGACCAACCGGUUCCUCACCAAAAAGGCCAUCUACGAGUACGCCAAAACAAGCAAAUCCAGGGCACAGUGGAUGCUGGACUACCAGGGCAUGAUAUGCCUGGCGGCCAACCAGGUCUGGUGGACGGCAGAGGUCGAGGAGGUCUUCAGGCUUGUGAAAAAGGGCAACAAGCGUGCUAUGAAGGAAUACCUGACGACUCUAAACAGACAAUUGGACGAGUUGGUGUUGAUCGUGCGCACUGACCUGACUCCGAACGAACGGAAAAAGAUCAACACCGUGCUCAUCAUCGACGUGCACGCCAGGGACAUCAUCGACGCAUUCGUGAGGGACAGCAUCCUUGACCAAAGCGAGUUUGAAUGGGAGAGCCAGCUCCGAUUUUACUGGAUGUGCGAGCCAGACAGUCUGGUGGUGCAACAGUGUACCGGUCGGUUCGACUACGGCUACGAGUACAUGGGUCUGAACGGACGUCUGGUGAUAACUCCUCUGACGGACCGGAUCUACCUGACCAUCACACAGGCUCUGUCCAUGAACCUGGGCGGCGCGCCGGCAGGACCAGCCGGUACUGGUAAAACGGAGACGACUAAGGAUCUCGCCAAGGCGCUCGGCCUGCUUUGUAUGGUCACCAACUGCGGAGAGGGAAUGGACUUCCGCGCCGUCGGCAAAAUUUUCUCCGGCCUGUGCCAGAGCGGUGCGUGGGGCUGCUUUGACGAGUUCAACCGUAUCGAGAUCUCUGUGAUCUCCGUCAUCUCCACGCAGCUGCAGACCAUCCGGAACGCCCUCGUCAAAAAGCUGGCCACCUUCCACUUCGAGGGUCAGGAGAUCAAGAUGGACCCGAAGGUGGGCAUGUUCAUCACGAUGAACCCCGGGUACGCGGGCCGCACCGAGCUGCCCGAGUCGGUGAAGGCGCUCUUCCGGCCGGUGGUGUGCAUCGUGCCCGACCUGCAGAUGAUCUGCCUCAUCAUGCUCUUCUCCGAGGGGUUCCUCCAGGCCAAGACCUUGGCGAAGAAGAUGACCGUUCUGUACAAGCUAUCGAAGGAGCAGCUUUCGAAGCAGCAUCACUACGAUUUCGGCUUGCGUAACAUCAAAGCUGUGCUCGUCCGCGCUGGAGAACUGAAAAGGAUCACCCAGGACAUGCCAGAGGACAUGAUUCUGAUGAAGUCGCUCAAGGACAUGAACUUUGCCCGGUUCACGUACGAGGACGCGCCGCUGUUCCUGGGACUGCUGAACGACCUGUUCCCGGGCGUCGAGUGUCCGCAGGAGACGGACGAGAAGCUCAGCACAGCCGUCGACAAGGCUAUCGAAAACAAAAACUACACCAAUCUGCCCAAGCAGACGGAGAAGGUCAUCCAGAUGUACGAGAUCAUGAAGACGAGACACACGACCAUGGUCAUCGGCCCGACGGGCGGCGGCAAGUCGGUCAUCAUCAAAACGCUCAGAGACGCGCAGACCCUCAUGGGCUUCCCAACAAAGAUAUUCACUAUCAAUGCCAAGGCGUGCUCCGUGUUGGAGUUGUACGGUGUGCUGGAUCCGGUCACUCGCGACUGGACCGACGGGCUGCUCUCCAACAUAUUCAGGGAAAUCAACAAACCCACCGAAAAGUCAGAGCUGCGGUACGUUUUGUUUGACGGUGACGUGGAUGCACUGUGGGUCGAGAACAUGAACUCCGUCAUGGACGACAACAAGCUCCUGACGCUGGCCAACGGAGAGCGUAUGCGCCUGCAGAAACACUGCGCUCUGCUGUUCGAGGUGGGCGACCUGCAGUACGCGUCUCCGGCCACCGUCUCCCGGUGCGGCAUGGUGUACGUCGACCCCAAGGACCUCGGCUACAGACCCUUCUGGGACCGCUGGAUGGCCAGUCGUCCGGCUAGUGAGGUUCAGGAGAUGAACGCUCUCUUUGACAAGUAUGUGCCGCCCGGCCUGGAUCUCAUCCUGGAAGCACUCGUGGACGGACGUCAGGAGGCCAAGAUGAAAACAAUCGUGCCCCUCACUAACCUCAAUAUGGUGCACCAGCUGGCCAGCAUGUUUGACGGUCUGGUCGGGCCGGGGAACGCUUGCCCGGAGGACCAGCUGGAGCCGGUGUUCAUCCAGUCGCUGUACUGGUCCCUGGGCGCCGGCCUCGAGGACGCCGACCGCACCCGCUUCAACGACCUGAUGCGGGACUGCGGCGGCCUGCCUGGCCUGGCCGACGACGGCCAGCGGCGCGCCAAAGGAGACGAGUGGCCCACCACGGAGCCGACCAUGUUCGACUACUUCUGGGACACGUCGGCGGCCGUGUGGGUGCCCUGGAGGGACAAGGUGCCAGAGUACGUGCACGACCCCACGGUCAAGUUCAACGACAUCCUGGUGCCCACCGUGGACACGGUUCGCACCACCUGGCUGCUCAGCCUCAUGACGGAAAAGGUGAAGAAGCCGGUCGUGCUGGUGGGAGAAUCAGGCACCAGCAAGACAGCCACUACCAGCACUUACCUGCGGUCUCUGGACUCGUCAGUCAACGUGUUGCUGUGCAUGAACUUCUCGUCCCGUACUACCUCAAUGGACGUCCAGCGGAACCUGGAGAGUAACGUGGAGAAGAGGACCAAGGACUCGUUUGGGCCGCCGUCCGGGAAGCGACUUGUCGUCUUCAUUGAUGAUAUGAACAUGCCCAGGGUGGAUGAGUACGGCACGCAGCAGGCCAUCGCCCUCCUGAAGCUGCUCCUGGAGAAGGGAGGCCUGUAUGACCGUGGCAAGGACCUCAACUGGAAGUUCCUCAAGGACAUCGGCUAUGUCGCGGCGAUGGGCAAGGCUGGCGGCGGUCGGAACGUGAUGGACCCACGCUUCCUCUCCCUUUUCUCUGUGUUCACGAUGGCUUCGCCGGGCGACGAAUCUCUGCAGCAUAUCUUCCACAGCAUCCUGUCUGGUCACCUGCAGCCGUUUGAGCCGGCCAUUACGGAGCUGGCCCUGCCGCUCACCACGGCCACCAUGCAGCUCUACCAGGCGAUUGUGAGGCUGCUGCCGCCGACGCCGUCCCGCUUCCACUACCUGUUCAACCUGCGCGACCUGAGCCGCAUCUUCGGCGGCUUGUGCCAGACCAGUCCGGAGCGGUUCACCAAGACCAAGCAGAUGGUGCGCUGCUGGCGCAACGAGUGCCUGCGCGUGUUCGCCGACCGACUGAUCGAUGACCAGGACUUUGCGGUGGUGUCUGGCCAGCUGGUGCAGCUGAUGGCCGAUAACGUCGGACAGCACAGCGACGAAUGGACCGAUUACGUGCUCCGAGACCCCAUCUUGUUCGGCGACUACCGAAACGCACUCGAGUCGGACGUGCCGAGGCUCUAUGAAGACAUGCAGGACUACGACGCAUCCAAGGCGCUCUUCCAAGAGAUAAUGGAGGAGUACAAUGAGCGCGGCAACAACAAGCUCCAGCUGGUGCUGUUCGACGACGCGCUGCAGCACCUGACUCGGAUCCAGCGAGUGCUCAGGAUGGUGCAGGGCCACGCGCUGCUGGUCGGCGUUGGAGGAUCGGGAAAACAGAGCCUGACCAAGCUGGCCGCCUUUACUGCAGGUUGUGAAGUAUUUGAGAUACAGUUGAGUCGCGGUUAUGACGAGAGCUCAUUCCGAGACGACUUGAAAGUGUUGUACGACAAGCUGGGUCUCCAGAACAAGCCGAUGGUCUUCAUGUUCUGUGACAACCACGUUGCAGAGGAGGGAUUCCUUGAACUUAUCAAUAACAUGCUGACAUCAGGAAUGGUGCCAGCUCUUUUCGGUGAAGACGAGAAGGAUCAGAUAUUGGGAGCCGUAAGAGAUGAGGCAGUCAAAGCCGGAUAUGCCAUACAAAAAGAGAGUGUGUGGCAGUUUUUCGUCGACCGGUGUGUGCAGAACCUGCACGUGGUGCUCUGCAUGUCUCCCACGGGUCAGCAGCUCCAAAUCCGCUGCCGAAACUUCCCUGGCCUCGUCAACAACACCACCAUCGACUGGUUCCAGCCAUGGCCGGAGCAGGCGCUGUACGCCGUGGCCAGUGUCUUCUUAGCCGAGGUGGCGUUGGUUCCAGACCAGCACCGUGCGUCUGUAGUGGCUCACGUGGUUCAGGUGCACACAUCGGCACAGCUGGCCAGCGUGCAGUACCAGCAGAAGCUGCGCCGCGUCAACCACUGCACGCCCAAACACUACCUGGAUUACAUCAAAACCUACUUACGGCUCCUACAGGAGAGCAACGAAUAUAAUCUCGCGCAGUGUGAGCGUCUUGGCGGCGGUCUGCAGAAGAUAGCCGAGGCCCGUGAGCAGAUCCACGAGCUGAACCAGCUCCUUGAGGUGCAGAAGGUGGCCGUGCUGGAGAAAUCGGCAGCCUGCGAGAAGCUCAUUCAGGAGAUCGCCCAGGGCACGGAAGAGGCAUCCCAGAAGAAAGAGUUUGCUAUAUCGAAGAGCAAAGAGAUUGAGACAAGCAGCAAAGUUAUAUCACGCGAGAAGAGAGAGGCAGAAGAAGUGUUAUCAGAGGCCCUGCCGGUCUUGGAGGCCGCUCGUCUGGCACUAGAGGAUCUCGAAAAGUCCGAUAUCACUGAAAUCAGGUCAUUCGCUACUCCACCGAAGCCGGUGCAGGCGGUCUGUGAGUGCGUGGUGGUGAUUCGCGGCAUCAAGGACGUCUCCUGGAAGGGCGCCAAGGGCAUGAUGUCUGAUCCAUCUUUCCUGAGGACGCUGCAGGAGAUGGACGUAGAUGCCAUACCGCAGUCCGCCAUUAAGACCGUCAAAGGAUUCCUGAAGGAGCUGAAAAUGAGCGAAGACGAGAUGCGUGCUGUGUCACGAGCGGGUGCUGGCCUCCUGAAGUUCGUCAAUGCUGUUAUGUCCUACUGUGACGUACUCAAAGAGGUCCGACCCAAACGUGAGAAGGUGGCGCAGCUUGAGAAAGAUUUCUACGCGGCCAAAAAAGAGCUAGACGCAACAAAUGCCGAGGUGGAGCGGAUCGAGCAGCUGAUGGCCGAAUUGAACGCCAAGUUCGAGACAGCCAAGGAGGAGCGUGCCAUUCUGCAGGCUGAAACGGAACUGAUGAUGAAGAGGUUGGACGCUGCCGACAGGCUCAUCAACGGACUGGCGUCGGAGAAUGAGAGGUGGACUCAGACGCUGAAGGAGUUGGGCGAGCAGCGUAUUCAGCUGAUGGGAGACUGCCUGUUGAGCUCGGCGUUCCUGUGCUACGUGGGCGCAUUCACCUGGGACUUCCGUAACCAGCUGGUGUACACCGAUUGGCAGGCGGACUUGAGGGAGCGCGAGGUGCCGAUGUCGCAGCCGUUCAAACUGGAGGCCGUGCUCACCGAUGAUGUGGAAAUCUCCAAGUGGAACUCUGAAGGCCUGCCUCCAGAUGAGCUCUCUGUCCAGAACGGCAUCCUGACGACGCAGGGCUCCCGCUUCCCGCUCUGUAUCGACCCGCAGCAGCAGGCAUUGAACUGGAUCAAAAAGAAGGAGCAGAACAAUAACCUCAAGGUGGUUACCUUCAGCGACAGCGACUUCCUACGGCAGUUGGAGGUAGCCAUCAAGUACGGUUUUCCAGUUCUUGUACAAGACGUCGAGGAAUACAUCGACCCAGUGAUCGACAACGUCCUAGAGCGCAACAUCAAACAUGAACAGGGUCGUGUUUUCGUGAUGCUCGGAGACCGUGAAGUGGACUACGACAAUAACUUCCGGCUGUAUCUCAACUCCAAGAUGACGAACCCUAUCUACUCCCCGGCCGUGUUUGGGAAGGCGAUGGUCAUCAACUACACUGUGACAACCAAGGGUUUGGAAGACCAGCUGCUGAGUGUGGUAGUUGGCUCGGAGAGACGAGAUCUAGAGGAGCAGCGUGAAAACCUGAUCUCGGAGACAAGCCAGAACAAGCGUCUUCUCAAGGACCUGGAGGACGCCCUGCUCCGAGAGCUCUCCACCUGCCAGGGUAACAUGCUGGACAACACGGAGCUACUGCAGACCCUGGAGGACACCAAGGAGAAGGCCACCGAGGUGUUUGAGAAGCUCGAGCUGGCCGCCACCACGGCCACCGACAUCGACCGGCUCCGAGACGGCUUCCGGCCGGUGGCCAAACGGGGCGCGCUGCUGUUCUUUGUGCUCUCGGACAUGGCCACCGUGAACUCCAUGUACCAGUACUCGCUGGCCGCCUACCUGCAGGUGUUCUCGUACUCACUGAAGAAGAGUAUGCCGGACACAGUACUAACAAAGCGGCUCAGGAAUAUUAUCGACACUCUCACCGAAAACGUGUAUGACUACGGAUGCACUGGCAUCUUCGAGCGGCACAAGCUGCUGUUUUCCUUGCAGAUCACCGUCACCUUACAGCGCAGCGAGCUAUUCGUCACUCAGCCUGAAGUGGACUUCUUCAUAAAAGGAAACGUUUCGGUUGAAAAAACGUCGACCGCCAAACCUGCCGACUGGAUACCUGACAAGGGCUGGGAGGAUAUUUGUCGUCUCACAAUGGACUUCCCCGACCUCUUUGGAACGCUCCCGAAAGACAUCCAAAAGCGGGCCGAACAGUGGCAUCAGUGGUACUCGAGCGAGCGUCCCGAGGCCGAAGAGCUGCCGGGCGUUUACGAAAAGCGCUGCACGCCGUUCCAGCGGCUGAUGGUGCUGAGGUCGUUCCGCGUCGACCGCGUCUACCUGGGCGUCACCGACUACGUCAGCGAGAUCAUGGGAGAGAAAUACGUCACGCCGCCCGUACUCAGAUUUGAGGCGAUCCUGGAGCAGUCGGCUCCGACCACGCCGGUGGUGUUCAUCCUCUCUCCAGGCGCCGAUCCGGCCGGAGAUCUGAUGAAGCUGGCGGACAGAAACGGCUUCGGCUCCAGCCGCAUCAAGUUCCUGUCGCUGGGACAGGGCCAGGAGGAGGUGGCGAUGCGGCUGAUGGAGGCGGCGGUGGCGCGCGGCCACUGGCUGAUGCUGCAGAACUGUCACCUGCUGGUCAGCUUCCUCAGGCAGCUGGAGAAGGAGGUGGAGCGUCUGCACAAGCCGCAUCCCGACUUCAGACUGUGGCUCACCACAGACCCCACGCCCGGCUUCCCGAUCGGCAUUCUGCAGCGCUCGUUCAAGGUGGUGACGGAGCCGCCGAACGGUCUGAAGCUCAAUCUGCGCAGCACAUAUUUCAAGAUGCCCAGCGCCGUGCUGGACACCAACUCGGAGCACCCGGCCUUCCCCACGCUGGUCUACGUGCUCAGCUUCUUCCACGCCGUUAUACUGGAGCGGCGCAAGUACGGACGUAUUGGCCUGAACGUGGCCUACGACUUCAACGAGUCGGACUUCAACGUGUGCUUGGACCUGCUGACUACCUAUCUGAACAAGGCGCUCGAGUCCAAGGACACACGCCUGCCCUGGGGCAGUCUCAAGUACCUAAUGGGAGAGGUGAUGUACGGAGGCCGUGUGAUCGACGACUUUGACCGACGCGUCGUCUCCACUUACAUGGACGAGUACAUGGGAGACUUUCUGUUCGACACCUUCCAGCCGUUCCACUUCUACCGAGACGGUCAGGUGGACUACACGAUCCCGGAGGUGGGUAACCGGGACAGCUACAUUGCCAGCAUCGAGGAGCUACCGCUGGCCAGCGGGCCGGAGGUGCUGGGACUGCACCCGAACGCCGAGAUCGGCUACUACACGUUCUCGGUGCGCGACAUGUGGCUGCACCUGGUAGAGCUCCAGCCGCGCACCGGCACGAGCGACUCUGGGGUCAGCCCGGAGGCGUUUGUCGGUAAGCUGGCGUCGGACAUUCUGUCUCGGAUGCCGGUCGUGACGGACCUGCGCCGGUUGCGGCGCCAGUACGCCGCCAGCAUGACGCCCACCACCGUGGUGCUGCUCCAGGAGCUCGAGAGGUUCAACUACCUCAUCGUCAAGAUGCAACAGACGCUCUCCAAUCUCGGCAAGGCUCUGGCCGGUGAGAUCGGCAUGGACGCCGAGCUGGACAACGUGUUCCGGUGUCUGUACAACGGCCAGCUGCCGGACUCGUGGCGCAAACGGGCCCCCAUCACGUGCAAGUCGCUCGGCGGCUGGAUGGAACACUUCCAGCGGCGCGUCCAGCAGUAUAACGACUGGAUCAACUCUGGCGAGCCGCAAGUGAUCUGGCUGUCGGGUCUGGCCAUCCCCGAGUCGUUCCUGACGGCUCUGGUACAGGCCACGUGCCGCAACUCGGGCUGGCCGCUCGACAAGGCCACACUGUUCACCCAAGUGACGCAGCACUCCAACAUGGAGGAGGUGCUCGAGAGACUCACCGGGGGCUGCUACGUGGAGGGCCUGUACCUGGAGGGAGCUGGCUGGAACAUAGAGGAGGGUCACCUGGAGCGGGCCAAGCCCGGGGAGCUGAUCCAGGAGCUGCCCAUUCUGAAGGUGGUGCCCAUCGAGGUGCACAAGCUCAAACUGCAGGACACGUUCCGCGCGCCCGUGUAUGUCACCUCCGACCGGCGUAACGCCGCCGGCGUCGGCCUGACGUUCGAGGCGGACCUCUACACCAAGGAGCACCUGUCGCACUGGACGCUGCAGGGCGUCUGUCUGCUGCUCAACACCGACUAGUCGCCGGGCACGGGACCGCGCCGCCUCACUGAACGGGUUAAGCUUUGCCAGGGAGAUCUGGGGCAGCGCUGGGGGAAGGGGACGGUGCUCAGUGCUCUGAGGCGUCCUCCGCUGCAGACGAGUCAUGCGAGCAGCGACCUGAGAUGUGAUCUCGAGAACGAAUCGAUUCUAGUCGAUCUCAGUUUUGUUGUAUUGUAUUGUUGUGUAGCGACUGUGUGUACAAAUCAUGGACCAAUCUACGCUGUGAAGCUAUUAACUACGACAUCUGAUGAUGCGUAGCAAAAGUUGUGUUUAUAUUAAAAUCAUGUAUUCAUUAUUCAGCACUAAUAUAAUGUCUUAUGCAGCA